UUCUGCACAAAAGGCCAUCGACAUAUAAUCCCGGGUUUGCGAGGAAAGUGUACUUCUUGUUCUCCUUCACGUUCGUCAUGCUUCGCUCCGCUGCUGUGGUCCUCAGCGCGUCCUGCAUCCCCGAAGAGAGCAAGGCAGUCAAGAGGGUCCUGUACGCCGUCCCGACCAAGCAGUACAGCGAGGAGGUUCAGAGAUUUCUAACGCAGGUGACAACUGAUGAAAUAGCUUUGACCGGACUAGGCUUGUUUUCUAUUACUCGAUCGUUUAUUCUCACGAUGUUGGGGACCAUAGCCACGUAUGAGAUAUUGUUAGUGCAAAUGUACAGGACUAGCGGAAGUGAACAGUUACCUCUGUGUUAAUGACAAUACUAUACACGUUGUGUACAAAGUACAGUUU